CGGCCAUCUUGUCGGCAUUUUCAUGUCGUGUGUGUUUUAAUUUUUAAUCCCCAGUUUUUCGGAAAAUGUUGUGGUUUUUCGGGCGAUUUCAAUGCGGAAAAGUGUUUUAAAGUGUUCGUUGAUGUUUUGCGUUCGAUUCGCACACUAGGCACAAACCAAUUCGAAAAAAUACUGUUUUUUUUGGGACGUAUAAACUUUGUGUGCUGCUGGCUGGGGCAAUGUGAAUCGCAAGAUAAGUACUUUUGUAUAGUAUUCUUAUAUAGGUAUUCAUUAUGUAUUUCUUUGUAUAGUGUCAUGAAUUCCCGAGUGUAUUUCAAUAUUUUCCAAUAAGAAUCGAUUUUAUUGAAUAAAGUUGAAGUAGUGUUUACUAAAGAAGUAUUUCAUUAAUAGAGGCUUAAAUAAUAUCAGAAAAGUCACUGUUAACUAACAAAGGCUUUUGAAGAUGUUAUUAAAAAUAAGAAUCAAUAUCAUCGAGUUAAGUUAAAGUUUACUAACAGAAAGAUUAAUUUGGUUUGGGGCCUAUAUGAUCGACAGUUUUUUUAGGAAAAAUCUAAAAUUCUAAUAUUGAGUCAUUUACAUAGGUACUCGGCAACCAUAUCCCACUCAAAAAAUCCUAGCUUAGUUAUUCCAAACUAACUCCACAUAAAAUUUCAGUAUGUUAAUUCUAGCUAAAACCCUAUCAAAUACAGAAAAAAAUAAUAGUGUUGUAAAAAUGAUCAGCUACGUUACUAGUUUUCGUAGCUAGCUGCGUGGGUGGCCCUGACGUAGGGACGCCCUUCCACACUUUACCACGUGCUAAAAGGCGUCGCGUCGUCGCUCCGUCGCCAGCGUCGGGACGCUCGUUUUCUGUCCGACACGUCGACCAGAGUACGUUGAAACGCGGAAAAGUGAACUUGGGCCUGGGAAGUUUUGUCGGCGGUCGUGAAAGUUUUACGAAAGUUUUCUUGUGCAAUUUGAUUGAGGAAGCUUUUUAUCAUCAACUGGUGAGUCUUACGAAUCAUGUCUUUGAAGUGAGUUGAAGAAAAGGAUGCGGUCAUUGGAAAUGACGGCGCCCUGGCAAGACGAAGAAGAAGACGUCGAAGUCGAAGAAAUGGAACUAAAACACAACAAUUUGAAUGGUAGAACGGACGAUUUAACGGAAUCAAGUAGUGAUGAAACGACAGGCAAAAAACGACGGAAACACGGAGGUAGUGUAUCAAGUGGUAGCGCAUCCAGCACGACUGCACCAUACAGAAGACGGAAAACUUGUAUAAGUGCGAGAGAGAGAAACUUACGAAGACUGGAAAGCAACGAGAGAGAAAGAAUGAGAAUGCAUUCGCUGAAUGAUGCGUUUGAGCAACUUAGAGAAGUAAUACCUCACAUAAAAAUGGAACGAAAACUAUCGAAAAUAGAAACCCUCACGCUAGCGAAAAAUUACAUAAUGGCUCUAACGAAUGUAAUAUGCGAGAUGAGAGGAGAAGAAAAACAUUAUACAUUCCAAGAUGCCGAAAGUGAUAGCAACAUAGAAGCGGAGGCGACAGAAGAAGCCAACAACAACAACAUGUUCCAGCAAAACUUGGAAUCGUUUCCAGACGACACGAUGGUCAACUGAGUUACUAAUUUUUAUCGAAAGAUGUCAAUUGAAUAUUCUUUUGAGAAUGAAGGUAUAUACGGGAGACAAUCCAAUUAUUUUUUUGCUUAAUUAGGUAUUUCGUCCAUUCCAAGCAUUCCACAUGAUUUCUGUUAAGUUGUCCGACCAUUUUUAGAAUAAAUAUUAUUAUAGUUACUAUAGGUAGGUCAAUUUAGAUAGGUAAUUAAAUAUAUAAUGCUAUUUGUGUCAAAGUUUAAAGCGCCUAAUUAUUGUUGUAUAUUUUUUAAUGGAGAUUAGAGAAGUUGUAGAUAUUUGGUCUCUAUACAGAGCAGUGUCACAGGGAAUUAGGUAGCUUCGGAAGUUAUAUUGAACUUUAAAAUAUCUGUACCAUCUCUAAUAUCCAUAUAUUAUUAUGUAGGUAGAUAUUUAUGUAUAUUAAGCCCAAAAACAGGGUAUAUAAUGAUGUUUUAUAUAAACCAAACUUUACCCAUCAUAAUCAAAUAAUAUAAAAAUUCCUGGACCAUCCUGAAUAGUCAUAUCGCUCAAAAAAACGAAGUUUACGUGACAAUAUCGUACACAAAACAUUUCUCUUCCUUGCCAACUGAGAACACUGAAAAAGUCUGAAAUAGAUGCAGCAGAAUUGUAGAUGAAUAUAUUUUUGUGGAUUUUAAAAAGAAGGAAAAAGCGUGGUGUAAAAACUAAGUCAUUAUAGAUUUUAUAUAUUGUGAAGUUUUCCAAGACAUUAUUUCAAUUACUUGAAGAGGAAAAAAUUGAUAAUGUUUAUCAAAAUAGCUUAUUCAUUGCACAGUUGACGAGAUUAUUGAAACAACCUUUCCGUACAAACCCUUAAACUUUUGUACAUAAAAAAGGGCUAAAACUUGUACGAAAGUGUUUUUUUUUUUUUAGGUUUAAUCAAUAGUUAAUUAUAUUUGUUGUGAAGUUACCUAUAUAAUUGGUUCAAUUCAAUUGUAUACUCAAGCUCAAUGGGAAAAAUGUACCAAAGGAUUUUGAUUUUCCACAGGUUUACAUUAUAUAAAUGGCAUAUAGAAUCUUUGGAUGAAAAAAUUCCAAAAGCAAAAAAUGUGAUAGUAGUAAAAACUUUGAAGAGUUUUUUAGUUUCUAUUAUUAUAUAAAUCAAAUUAAAUAAAUGUAAAGUAUAUUAUAUAUAUUUUAUAAAUGUGUCUAUUAUUAUUAUUAUUAAAAGGAAAUUUUAUUAGGCUAUAUAAUAAUGUAUUCUUAUAUACAUAAUAUAUUAAUUAUUAUUGAUUUUAAGG